AAGGAACCAACCCUGCCAACUUCUUGAUUUUGGACUCCUAGCUUCCAGAACUGUGUGACAUGGGACAUGCACUACACCUAAUCCACUUACCUGCUACAAGCAACGUGGCAGAGAAUUCUCCACCUGAGACUUCAGUGCACAAGUUUUCUGUGAAAUUAUCAGCAUCACUGUCACCUGUGAUCCCAGGGUUCCCCCUAAUCAACUCAAGUCCCCUCACUGAGGCCUUCAGGGUGAACUGGCUGUCAGACACUGACUUUGAGGUUGUCACCACCGGGAAGGAACAACUAGAUUUUGAAACAGGACCACGCAUAUUUGAUUUGCAGAUUUGUGUGAAGGAUGACGUGGGUGUCACUGACCUGCAGGUCCUGACGGUCCAGGUAACGGAUGUGAAUGAGCCGCCUGAGUUUCAAGGCAACUUGGCAAAAGGUCUAGAUCUCUACAUAGUGGAAGGAGCCAAGCCUGGAUUCGUUUACCAGGUGGAGGCCUUCGAUCCAGAAGACACAAGUCAAAACACACCCCUCGGUUAUUUCCUGAUUUCCCCUUCACAGAGUUUCAGAAUGUCUGCUAAUGGGACCCUCUUCUCCACAACAGAAUUUGACUUUGAAGCAGGACACAGCAGUUACCAUCUCAUCGUGGAAGUGAGAGAUAGCCAAGGGCUCAGAGCCUCCAUGGAGCUGCAGGUGAACAUCGUGAACAUCAAUGACGAGAUCCCUCACUUUACCAGCCCAACGCACGUGUACACGAUUCCCGAGGAGCUGGGUCCAGGAGCAAUUGUGGCCAAUAUCACAGCUGAGGACCCUGAUGAUAAAGGUUUCACCAGCUUCCUCUUCUACAGCAUCACUACUGUCAACAGCUAUUUCAUGAUCAAUCAGUUUACUGGGACCAUCCAAGUUGUGCGCAGGAUAGACCGAGAUGCAGGGGAAUUAAGACAAAAUCCUGCCAUAUCUCUGGAGGUUCUGGUGAAGGAUAGACCCUUCGGGGGUCAGGAGAAUCGCAAGCAGAUAACCUUCAUUGUGGAAGACAUUAAUGACAACCCCUCGACAUGCACCAAGUUCACCUUCAGCAUUAUGGUGCCUGAGAGAGCAGCCAAGGGGACGUUGCUUCUGGACCUGAACAAGUUCUGCUUUGAUGAUGACAGUGAAGCACCAAACAACCAAUUCAACUUCAGCACGCCAUCUGGAGUGGGCAGCAGCAGCAGAUUUUUACAGGAUCCAGCUGGCUCUGGGAAAAUCGUGUUGAUUGGUGAUCUAGAUUAUGAAAAUCCAAGUAACCUAGCAGCCGGCAAUAAACACACUGUGAUCAUCCAGGUGCAGGAUGUUGCCCCCCCUUACUAUAAAAAUAAUAUCUACAUUUAUAUCCUAACAAGCCCAGAAAAUGAGUUUCCUCUUGUCUUUGAUAGCCCAUCCUACGUAUUUGCCGUGUCGGAAUUAAGCCCACCUAGAACCCGGGUUGGACGGAUGCAAGCGACAGAUAAAGACUUCCCCCAGAGAAGCAUUGUGUACUCCAUCUCCACCGGAGGGGCCAGCCAGCACUACCCAAACAUAUUUUGGAUUAAUCCCCAAACGGGAGAACUCCAGCUGGUGACUAAAGCGGACUACGAGACAACGCCCAUCUAUAUUCUCAGAAUCCAGGCCACCAACAGCGAGGACAGCAGCUCAGUCACUGUUACUGUGAACAUCAUUGAAGAAAAUGAUGAAAAACCAAUCUGUACCCCAAACUCGUACUUCCUGGCCAUCCCAGUGGAUCUGAAAGUUGGCACAAAUAUUUACAAUUUCAAGCUCACGUGUACUGACCUUGAUUCCAGCCCCAGGUCUUUUCGUUACUCCAUUGGCCCAGGCAACAUCAACGGUCAUUUCACCUUCUCUCCCAACGCCGGGUCCAAUGUUACAAGCCUGAUCCUGGCGACUCGCUUUGACUAUGCUAGUGGGCUUGAUAAGAUCUGGAACUACAAACUGCUUGUCUACAUAACUGAUGACAACUUGCUGUCCGUCAGGAAGAGAGCUGGAGCUCUUGUUGAAACAGGCACAGUGACGCUGAGUAUUAGAGUCAUUCCUCACCCAACCACGAUUGUCACCACAACCCCCAGGCCCAGGAUCACCUACUGGAUCCUGAGGAAGAACGUGUAUUCUCCAUCGGCCUGGUAUGUGCCUUUUGUCAUCACUUUGGGCUCCAUGUUGCUUCUGGGUCUCCUGGUGUCCCUGAUCGUCCUGUUGGCCAAAGCCAUCCACAGACACUGUCCCUGCAAGACUGGGAAGCACAAGAAACCUCUGGUGAAGAAAGCAGAAAUGAAGAACACAAAGAGAGAGGCGGCGGAAACAAUCCAGAUGAACACUGUCUUUGAUGGAGAAGCCGCAGACCCAGUUACUGGGGCAAUAUAUGAAUUCAACACAAAAACUGGAGCCAGAAAGUGGAAAGAUCCCUUAACCCAAAUGCCAAAAUGGAAGGAGUCCAGCCCUCAGGGAGCUGCUCCAAGAAGACCUGUCACUGGGGAAGGGACCGGGCCACCAAGGAGCACCCACAAGGAAGGAGAUGGGCUGAGCGACAAAGCACAGGCCAAGAAUACAGGCCCGUGGUCCAGGAACCAGGACGGCAAGCCAAGCACCCCAAAGAACAGAAACUCAGCCCUUACGCGUGGGGGGUCCCCCAAACCGCACCCAGAAAAGUGAACGGUGUCUGGCUGCCUGGCCCACAGCACAGCACAGGGAGGGAGCUUGACUGUCUGGGACGCU